GAACGAAAGCGGAAGUGCUUGGGGGAUUGUCCUCUCCGCUGUCGUCUGAGAAUGGCCGCCGCUGCAGCAGGGAUAAACAAGCAGGGCGCUGUAGCGACGAUGGAGCCCUGUCUCCGGCACGGCAGGGGAGCGCAUGGAAGCUCCGUGAAGGUGUUGGAGUGUGGUGUGUGCGAGGAUGUCUUCUCCCUGCAGGGAGACAAGGUCCCUCGCCUUCUGCUCUGCGGUCACACAGUGUGCCACGAUUGUCUCACCCGGUUGCCCCUGCAUGGCAGAGCGGUCCGCUGCCCCUUCGACAGACAGGUCACAGAGCUGGGGGACUCUGGGGUUUGGGGUCUGAAGAAGAACUUUGCUCUGCUCGAACUCUUGGAGCGACUCCAGAACGGCGCGAGCAACCAGUCUGGAAUGGCCGAGGAUGCCCUGAAAGGCAUGGGAGAAUGUAUAAUCCGGUGCGACGAGGACGAGAGCCACACGGCGUCCAUGUACUGCACGGUGUGCGCCACGCACCUGUGCGGCGAGUGCUCCCAGCUCACCCACUCCACCCGCACGCUGGCCAAACACCGCCGAGUGCCUCUGGCUGACAAGCCCCACGAGAAGAUGCUCUGCCCGCAGCACCAGGUUCACGCCAUCGAGUUCGUCUGUCUGGAGGAGGCCUGCCAGUCCGGGCCUCUCAUGUGCUGCGUGUGUAAGGAGUACGGCAAGCACCAAGGACAUAAGCACGCUCUCCUCGAAAGCGAGGCCAAUCAGAUCCGCGCGUCCAUCCUGGACAUGGCCCACUGCAUCCGUACGUUCACCGACGAGGUGUCCGAGUACUCCAGGAAGCUCGUGGGCAUCGUGCAGCAGAUCGAGGGAGGGGAGCAGAUAGUGGAGGACGGAGUUGGCAUGGCGCACACAGAACACGUCCCCGGCACAGCGGAGAGCGCGCGCUCCUGUGUCCGCGCUUACUUCGCCGACCUCCACGAGACGCUGUGUCGGCAGGAGGAGAUGGCCCUGAGCGUGGUGGACGCUCACGUCAGGGAGAGGCUGAUCUGGCUGAGGCAGCAGCAGGAGGACAUGACCAUCCUGCUGUCCCAGGUCUCCACUGCCUGCUUGCACUGCGAGAAAACGCUCCAGCAGGACGACUGCAGAGUCGUGCUGGCAAAGCAGGAGAUCAACUGUUUGUUGGAGACUCUUCAGAAGCAGCAGCACCAGUUCACUGAGCUGGCAGAUCACGUUCAGCUGGAUGCCGGCAUCCCCGUCACCUUCACCAAGGACAACAGAGUCCACAUCGGUCCGAAGAUGGAGAUCCGAGUGGUGACUCUGGGCCUGGACGGAGCGGGAAAAACCACCAUCCUCUUCAAGCUGAAGCAGGACGAGUUCAUGCAGCCCAUCCCGACCAUCGGUUUUAACGUGGAGACAGUGGAAUAUAAAAACCUGAAAUUCACUAUCUGGGACGUGGGUGGGAAGCAUAAACUGAGACCUCUGUGGAAGCACUAUUACCUGAACACACAAGCGGUGGUGUACGUGAUCGACAGCUGCCACAGGGACCGACUGAUGGAGGCGCACAGCGAGCUGGCCAAGCUGCUGACGGAGAAGGAGCUGCGGGACGCCUUGUUGCUCAUCUUUGCAAACAAGCAGGAUGUCCCCGGCGCCUUGUCCGUGGAGGAGAUGACGGAGCUGCUGAGCCUGCACAAGCUGUGCUGCGGGAGGAGCUGGCACAUUCAGGGCUGCGACGCCCGCAGCGGGAUGGGCCUUCACGAGGGGCUGGACUGGCUCUCCAGGCAGCUGGUGGCCGCCGGCGUCCUGGAUGUGGCCUGAACGCCGUCGCCUGUCCCACCGGAGCACCCCCUCGACCCCCCGACUCAUCAGCACUCGAAAACCCCUUCCAGCCUGACCCCGCCCUUCAUCUCUUCUUCUUCUUCUUCUGUGCACCAGUGUGAACAAAGCAAGCCAGAUGUAAACACCUUCCCCGGCUUUAUUAAGAUCACGGACGUCUCUCUUUAUGCCGUCGCACCUUCUAUAUGUCAGAAUUAACCCCCGUGGUCAUCUACAUAAUGCAACGUUAGUUUAUCUUUGCCCCGAGCUUUUGGACACGCCUCCUUUCCGUGGCAUCCAUAGCUAGCUGGCUUGAAUCUAUUUACUCUGAAAUGCUCCUUGUGCUGCGACAGCCUAGACUGUAUUCGUGUCAUUCAUGUCCAUCCAGAGCAGUCCUUGUCGUGAUAAUGGCUUCAGUAACGUAUGUUUUUUUUUUUUUUUACUACACUAACCAUUAGAUAGUUCAGGUAAAUGACUUCAGUGACCUUGUAUUGUAACCCAGCACACCUUGCAUACGAACUUAUCCCAGACGGUGACCGGCUAUAGCUUCAGUGAGUCGAGUGGCUUCUAAUCGGCGUUCAUCGCCACGUCCAAGCAAUACCUGCUGUUGUGCAACUGGCUGUUUGUUUUUAAGUCAUCUGAGCUCGUUUUCCUUCAGCGCGUGAACCUGUUUGAUGCUCCAGCCGGAAUUGAAGGGUCGCACUGCUUUGCUUUGUGUCGAACGGAUUCCUGUUACAGAACAACUGUUUACUGACUUUAUUUAUAGGUGGGAACGGUGGAUGUUUAUGCGACCGAAUGAUGAAAGGAGUUUUUUUUUUUUUUCACCCAUAGCUUCCAUUUUGCAUGCAGGAUUUGUCCAACACGCUUAUCGGGUGCGUCUGCUGGAAGCAAGUCAACCGCCGGCUGUUACGUUGUCUAUUAACUUGUUAAAAUUGCUUUCCACGAAAAAAAAAAACAAUGUGGAAAAUAUCUUCUCUCUACUCUCUCUGAUUUACCUAGAAGCACCUUUUUUUUAAUCCGCCUUCGGUAGUAACGCAAUGUGAAUUUCAGACAUUAACGCUUCUUAUUGGGGAACCAUCGUUUGAGUUGGAUCUUUAUUCAUUGCUAUGUAAUGUUUAAUAUUUGUAUCUACGUAUUAAAAAGAAGAAAAAGAAUCACAGUGAUGCACGUCUGAGAAGCCUUUCCGUGUAGUUUGUGAGAACUGAAACGUCGAAGCACAGUACGCAGUGAAACCUUUGUUACAAGUGGACUUGAUGGCGGCUUUUGUAAAUUAUAAAUAAUGUGAUGCUGUAAAAAAAAAAAAAAUAAUUAAAACUAUUUGACAUCC